UUAUUCCCGGCCAAGCCUGUCGAGGACCAUCCUCUGUACGAUGGCAUACACAUACCUCUGGCGUAUGUCCGGUCAGAAGCCCAUCAGCUGUUUCCCAAGAAGGAGUCACCAGACAACAUCCUCUCAUACGGCAAGCUCCGCACGAUAGAUGAAGACUUCAAGGUUGUGCGAGUCGACAUGGUUCUCGCGAUGGAGGAAAGCGCGUUGAAUGAUUCCAGCGCCAUCACACGGCUCACGUCGCAGCUGAGGCGACAGCUUAAGAUUGAUGCGGAGCUGACGAUGAAGCAGACGUCUUAG